AUGGCUUCUCUUGCUGGUAUCAUCGUUGGCACGCUGUGUCUCGUGGUCCUCACACGGCUGGUAUGGCGUUAUCACUGCAAGCAACGAGCCCCUGUGCCACCACGACCUCCAGGACUCCCUAUCCUAGGCAAAGUUAACGAUAUCCCGGCACCUCCAUGGUUGAAGUGCAGCGAAUGGUGUCGCGAAUACGGCACCGAUAUCAUCCGCCUUAACAUGCUGGGAUUCGACAUCAUCGUUCUUGACACUCUGGAGGCCGCGAAUGAGCUUCUUGAUAAGCGGUCAUCCAUCUAUUCGGGCAGGGCGGGGCUUGGAUGGAAUUUCGGCACCAUGGAUUAUGGCGACGACUGGCGCGUUUGCAGGAAGAUGGCUCACCAUGAGUUCCAUGCGACGUCCUUCCAGAAACACCGGCCCAUCCUCGCUCGACGUGCCUACGAGUUCAUACACCGGCUCACAGAAGAGGGCCGCGAUCGCGCGAACAUCAUGAAAGUGACGUACGGCAUCCGAGUUUCCCUUGAAGACGAUCCGUUCAUCAAACUUGCGGAAACUGGUCAGGAGGCCGUGAGCAAGUGCCCGAUUGGCUUCUGCCUCGUCGAACUCUUCCCCAUCCUCGAAUACGUAUCCGCUUGGUUCCCUGGCGCGGGUUUCGAGCGGAAAGCCGCCGUGUGGCACGAAGCCGCCACGCGUAAGCUUCAUGUCCCGUAUGCAGACUUCAUAGAGCGCCAUGCGUCAGGAAAGGCUGAGGAAUGCGUGUCGAAAGCGCUUGCUGAAACGUUCGGCACCGACGAAGAUGUGCAGUCAUGCGCAAGACGUGAACUCGAAGGCGUGCUUGGCAUCAACCGUCUCCCGACGUUCGAGGACCUCGGUUCAGUGCCAUACCUUGACGCUCUGAUCAAGGAGCUAUUACGCUGGCACCCCAUAAUCUGUCUCGACCUUCCGCGCAAGCUGCGCGAGGAUGACGUAUAUAACGGAUUUCAUCUCGAGAACGACUCCAUAGUCAGUCAUAGUUGUAGCGCUUUCGUCACGUAA